AUGUCAACCACCAACAUUGCGCUCCACGCAGGCCGGCGCAGGCUCAAAGAUAACACACCAGUGCCGGUGGUAAAUUCGAGUGCCCAUGUAGCGUUGACAGAGAGUCGGCUCGGAACUCGAGCUUCUCGUCUGUUAGUAACACAUGUCAACAAAGUCGAACUGGAUGAUGAAUUAGUCAGUCUCAACGAGUAUGUCCUGACAGAUCUUGCCCAUGCUGUUAUGCUCACACGUACGGGAAUCUUCGAUGCACAUCACGGCCGCGGUAUCAUCCAGGCUCUCCUCGAUCUUCGCUCUGGCAACACAGCUGCUAUGCUCGCCUGUGAUCCUGAAGUGGGAACGCUCGGCCUGCAGAUCGAGCAAUACCUGGAAAGGGUCCUUGGGCCACAUGGCCGCGAUAUCCAGCGUGCUCGGAGUCGCAUUGAUCAGAAGGCUACCAACUGGCGACUCGUUAACCGUGCGAGUCUGACAGAGGUCAUUGAUGAAUUGAUACGCCUUGGUGUUGAGAUCCUGGCCGCUGCUGAACGAAAUGCGGGCGCCCUCAUGCCCGGAUACACACAUUUGCAGCAUUCCCAGCCCACCACAAUCGAUCAUUACCUCAAUGCCCAUUACUGGGCUGUAUCGCGCAGUGUCGACCGGCUCCUCAACGCCUAUGAUCGUCUUAACCUCAGCCCACUUGGCGGUGCUGCGUAUAGCGGGACAUCAUGGCCGAUCAGCCGCAUCGAGACCGCUGCCUACCUCGGCUUCGACCGUCCAAUUCCCAAUGCCCGAGAUGCCGGACUCGCAUCUCUGGAUAUGGGUGCUGAGCUCGCCAGCGUUCUGGCUGCGACACUUUCUACCAUCAGUCGUCUCGCCUCGGACCUGAACUACUGGUCCUCAAGCGAAGUCGGCCUCGUGUGCAUCGAUGCCUCACUGUGUGGUACCUCGAGCAUGAUGCCGCAGAAGCGUAAUCCAAUGGUCCUGGAGCGCAUCCGGGGCCUCGCAGGUGCUGCAGUAGGCUGGGCUGCAAGCCAGCUCGGCGUCAUGCACACUGCAACAUCCACAGAUGUUGACCAAGCAUACAUUCACAACCUACUACCCGGCCAAUGCGCCGAGACUGUUGGGGCUAUUGGUUUACUGCGCGAGGUGAUUGCCACAGUGGUGUUUGAUGUGCCCAACAUGCGCAUCUCUGCCGGCAAACAUUGGUCCACCGCUAGCGCUCUGGCUGAUUCCCUCGUCGGCUCGCACUGCCUGAGCUUCCGCGAAGCCCAUGAAAUUGUGGCUCAUCUAGUCGCAACCCAUGAGAAGGCCGGCGUUCCAGGCGGUGAGCUGCGUGACGAGCUCAUAGAAAAUAUAACCCUGAAGACCUACUCAGCUUCGGAGUUGAGAACUAUCCUCGAUCCGGAGGCAUUUGUCUCUUCCAGAACCAGUUCAGGCGGGACUUCGCUCGCAGAGCGCAAUGCACUUGCGAAUGCCGCCUCGGCCGAUCUUGAAGACAAGAAAAGGAGCCUCCAGUCUCGUAUCCAUCAUAUUGCAGAGGGCCUCGAACGGCUUCUAAAGGAUGCACAGUCACUUACCUCCAUUAUGAAUGCAGCAACCGAUCCCCCACCAGAUGCACCAUCGUAG